AUGUCUAUGACUCUUCCUCAACCUCGCAUUGAUGUACCGGUGGACAAAUACUGUAUUUACGGGUUCGGCUUUGAUCAUACAAGUAAUGAUUACAAGGUGCUGAGAAUGGUCCAAGAUAAUUAUGCCUCGUCUCCACCUCAGGCGGAACUUUAUAAACUUCGCACAGGCACUUGGGAGACUUUUACGGGUGCUGACAAUUUUGGUAAGUAUUCUAUACCUGCAAAUAUGCAGGCUUUCUUGAAUGGGGCGAGUCACUGGCUUAUAUUUCAUAUAUUGGCAUCCGGCUCUCGUAAACGAGGGAUUGUGUUGUUUGAUAUGUGUGAUGAGCAACUCCGAGUGAUGAAGCUUCCGGAUAAUAUUAGUUUAGGCUGCCGGGUUAAGGCUCGUCUUGGUGUUUCUGGUGGAUUACUUUCUUUCAUGGAGUAUAACGACGAACGACAAGAUGUUAAUUUGAGCUGCAGCAUUUGGUUGAUGAAAGAAUAUGGCGUGGCAGAGUCGUGGACUAAACAGUUUACAAUUGAUUUAAAGGCCGGUUGGCGCUUUGGGGAGAUCUUCUGUUUUAGGAACAACGAAAAGAUUUUGGUUUGGAAUCGGAAACAUGGAAGAGAGUCGGUCGUAUAUGAUCCCAAGACACAUAGAUUCAUUAAUAUAGGAGGAAUAUUUAAAGCCAAGGAUUAUCUUCUUGGCAAGAAUACUUUCGUCGAAAGUCUUGUUUUACUCGAUAGAGUAAAUUCUACGCAGACGUACCAGAAUUGUUUAAGGAAAGGCCAGUGGUGCGACUCAAAAGAAAGGAAACAAAAGAAGAUGAAGACAUGCACGCGCGAGAGAAGGCUAAGCAAAGCACAAGAGCAUAGCUAA